UAGAAAAUGGUGAUCCGAUAAGCGAAAAAGGGAAGGAUAGUGAUGGCGGUGUCCAGAAUAAUUCCCCAACAUCUGAGGACCACCCUCGCUCAUUCGAUGAGGGCAAGGAGGACUUGAAUGGUGGAGAAUCGCUGUCUCCUCCGUUCGCAUCUAUGAACAAGCCUCUAGAGUCAAAUGCGUUUGUUCAGAUUGUUGAGGAAGUGGAAGCCGGAGAUAAUUCACAGAUCGAGUGGAGGGAUGUCGAGGAAGCUGUUGGCAAUGAAACUGAUGGCCAAGGAAGUGAGUUGAAGUCUAGUAGUGUUCUUACAAUUAAGGUUGUCAAGAAAGAGGAAACCCAGGGAGAGUUGGAGAGCGCAGGUAUCUCCCUUGAGAGGCUUGAGUCCACAAAGGAGUCGUGCAACGGAGAGAGUGAGAGCUUGCACAUGGCGAAUUCAGCAGAGAAGCCGCCUCAGGGUCCGAUGACUCCAAGAGUGGCGAGACAGACUUCAUGGAUGAAUUGCUGUGGAUUGCUUGAAGUCAUAACUGGGUCCAGGACAUAACUUUCGGGUUUUGGUUUUACA